UCCCUAGUAGGAAUCUUAACAUCGCUGUCGAGCUGCAGCUGCGGUGAACGGGUUCUAAAUGAAUCUUUUGGACUUAAUUCCACACAAUCGUAUCUGUUUCUUGUUCGAUGUGUUCGCAUUAUGUAACUAGAGUUACAUAAUUCGCAAUAUAGCCUACUAACGGGUCUGACCCUUAGUUGCUGUAGAGCGACCAAAGGUCAUUUUAUUUCCGGCUGCAGAUCUCGCUGUCUGGUGUUGAACUCCGAAAUGAGCGCAAGGAAUAUUGCACGCUUUUGGGAAUGGGGAAGGAAAAUUAUAUGCGUCGGGAGAAACUAUGCAGAUCACGCCAUCGAGCUCAAAAAUGCAAUUCCCAGCGAACCCGUUCUUUUCCUGAAGCCCCCGUCUGCUUACGUCACAGAAGGGUCUCCGAUCCUGCUUCCCUUCUACACCAGCAGCCUCCACCAUGAAGUCGAGCUCGGGGUGCUGAUUGGUAAAGGGGGAACCGAUAUUCCUCAAUCGUCAGCCAUGGAGCAUGUGGCUGGAUAUGUGUUAUGCCUUGACAUGACAGCUCGGGACAUUCAGGACCAAUGCAAGUCCAAAGGUCUUCCAUGGACCCUGGCCAAAGCUUUCAACACCUCAUGUCCCAUCAGUGACUUUAUCCCCAAGGAGAAGAUCUCAGACCCAGGGAACAUCAACCUGUGGUUGAAAGUGAACGAUACUCUGAAACAGAAUGGAAGCACAUCCCAGAUGAUCUUUUCUAUCCCGUAUCUCAUCAACUACAUCAGCCAGAUCAUCUCUUUGGAGGAAGGGGAUCUCAUUCUCACUGUGACCCCCAAAGGAGUGUCAAGUGUCCAGGAACAAGAUGUACUUCAAGCUGGGAUUGAUGGCAUUGUGACCAUGACGUUUAAAGUUGAUCGGAAAAGUUGAUUUUAACUAGAUUUAAAGUUGUGAUUGUUGCUAAUGCAAAUACAAUGUAUGACACAAUGAUUUAAGAAUCUGGGGAACAUUGUAUAAUGUUUUAUUUUUUCUAAAUAAAAAUGUGCAUCUGACUACA